AUGGGCGUAGCUGAAAAGACAUCUUCAUCAGCGCUUGCUAAAAGCGCAUCCGGUGCUAAGAAGGGAAGCCGUUCCAGCGCAAAAAAGCCGGAACCAAUAAACUUCUAUGACCCGAAGGUCCAAGGGAUCAUGUUGGUGGGGCUCCUAGCGGUGUUGGCUCUGGCGCUAUGGCUCGGUUUCAAAAACGGUUGCUUUGGGGGUCGUCGCCGCCGUAGAAGACGCUACUCAAAUUGCUCUUGGUAA